AUGCAUAUUAGUACCCUUUUCGUCAGCGCCUUUGCGGCUUCUGCCCUUGCCAAUCCCGUUGGAACAGAGAGUAAGAGGGAUACUAGACAUGUCUAUAUCACCACUGAUAGAAACUGGGGCGGCCAGAACCAAAAUCUCGAAGUAGAGAAUAAUGUUCGCUACGAAUGGAACGACAAAGUGAGAUGGGCCAACGGUCUAGCUGGUCCAGGUUCGCUUGGGCCGGAUAACGGAGUGUGCUGUAUUCUGUACGACCAGAAUAAUCCUGAAGUGCCUUCCAGCACAAUCUGCAAUCCUGGAGACUCUGAUCUCACAGGUUAUUGGCAGUUUCACACCUACCAUUUCAAGUGUUGGUGGUAG